AUGAUGUCGAAUGCUGAUGCUAUUAUUAAAGGCUUCAAAGAUAGUGUGGUGGAAAAAUAUCCGAAUAUAAUAAGUAAUACACAAAGUAAUGAGAAUGAUUCAGAGAAAAAUGCAAGUAAUCCAGGUUGGAAACAAUUAUUAGGUAAAGUUAAGAAUGCUCCCCUUCAGUACGACCAUGUAGAUUUGAAGAAAAAAGAGAAGUUUUUCAAUUCAAAUACACAUUUCAUUGACAAUGGUCUGGCUACAAACAAUUACACAAAUUAUAGGCUUUGUAAUGCCUGUGGGAAACCAAUUAGUAUUGAGGUCAUCAUGGAUCAUUUAAAGACUUAUUGUAGCAAAUUACAACCAAGUUAUGAUAAGGCGGAAGAAGUCAAACCUAUAGCAGUGGAAGAAGACGAUAAUUCUAGAAAUAACAAAAUAGAGGAAGAAGAUAUGAAUGAUGAUGAUUACGAUGAUAAUGAUGAUGAUGAUAAUGACAGAAAGAGAACUGCAAAUGAUCUGGAUGAAUCUACACCAGGAACUCCGAUGACUUCAUCUAAAAAACAGAGAGUAAGUGGUUCUAGGAAACCUCGGAAGGUUAAGCAAAGGAACCCAACAGAUAAACAUUUAAUCAACUUCGAUAAACAAUGUGGUGUUGGACUUCCCGAAGGCGGAUAUUGUGCACGUUCAUUGACUUGUAAAUCACAUUCAAUGGGUGCAAAGAGAGCAGUAGAAGGUAGAACGCAAGAUUAUGAUCUAUUAUUAGCUGAAUAUCACAAAAUUCAUCAAACUAAAAUCGGUGCUGCUGCUGAAAAAAGAGCUAGACAAACUACACAAAAACCAAAGGAACCAAAACAACCAAAAGAAAGGAAAGCAAAACAGAAGAAAGCAAGAGGAAAGCCAUCCAAGAAAAAGGAAGACAAUAAUUCACAAUCUGCAGAUGCUCUUGCAGCUGAUAUGGUUAUUUUAACCCCUGAAGAAGAGACUACACAAGUGCUGAAUGGUAUCUCCAGAUCGUACCCACUACCACUGGAAUCAACAGUACUUACAUCAGUAAGAAGAAGGACAAAGUAUUUUAGAAUGAGAGAAAUGUUUGCAUCUUCUUUCUCGAUUAAAACAGGUUAUACAUCUCCAGGAUAUGGUCCUAUUCAAUCAAGGGUUGGUUGUGUCGAUAUAGAGAAGCCAUUUGAAUACAAAUUUAGAAUUAAAACCCCACAACCUAAUACUGCAUUACAGCAACAACAAAAUUUAGUUCAACAACAACGUCAAAGAUCUCAACAGCAAAUGCUAUUGAUGCAGCAGCAACAGCAGCAACAGCAGCAACAGAGACAACAGCAGCAACAGCAGCAACAGCAAAGGCAAGCAAUGCAACAACAAUUACAAAAUAACCUUAACGCACAAUAG